GGGCAGGUCAGAGUAUGGAAUGGAGUUUCCAUGCGUGCUUUUUGCCUCCCACCCCUGGAGCGCUGGCCUGGGAGUCCUUGCGCGCUGCGCCCUGGACGUGCUGCGGGGCCCAUAGCACAGGUGCCGUUCAUCUGCAACCAGAAGCCCCCAGAGCGCCACUUUGUGGGGGCGCGGGGGCCGAGGCAGCCUGCGCCAGCACCGUCGGCGCGAAGCCGAAGCCCGUCGCCGCCGCCACAGCAGGCCGCCGCGUCGAGCAGCUCGACAUGCGGCGUCGAAGACGGCAUUCCUGCUGCAGACGCUGGACCUGUGGUCAGGCCAUCGCGCUUCAAGGACGUCAGGCUCUCGCCGAGCGACCGCGAGCCUGCGCCGCCAGGGGGCGAUCCGGCGGCUGCGCACCCGGGCGAGGCUGCUGCGCGCAGCCCCACGGUGGCGCAGGUCGGCCUGGAGCCGGCGGCCGCCCCGCCGGAGGUGGUGAAGGGCAGCCGGGCGCGGACCCGGCGAGCCAUCACAGGACCACCAUCUGGCUACGAGCCCGACUUCUUCCUGAUCGGUUUGCCCGAAGGCGCGGGGGUCGAGGUGCUGCUCGUCGGCGAGGGCGCGGAUGAGGGAUGGUGUUGGGCUUCGACGUCUGCUGGUGAGUCGGGUUGGCUAGCCUUAGACGCAUUGCACGGCAUGUAGGUGGCACUUGAGGGCGGAGGACGUUGUUGUUCGCAGUGCCGCUGUGUGCGGCGCCACUUUGAAUAGAACCUUCUGCCUUUG